UCGAUCUUUUUGCAUUUUCCUUCUCGUUGCACGUCGUUGUUGUCACCUGCAAAAUAUUCAAUACUCUCAAGGAAUACAAUGCAAUAUUUGGAUCAUGUUUUUCCCACUAGAUAUCUAAAUACGCACAACAUUUUUUAUUUUACCAUUCGGUUUUGCUUCGAGAGUGAUUUGGUGCGCGAGUGACUGGCUGCAGUGGAGCCGUUCAUUCAACACAAGCGCGACACUUGGCGAUGAAGCUGAAACCACCAGCUACAGAAGCGUAAUCUCUUACAUUGCCAAAAUUACGGGAGGAAUUAAAUACAACUCUCUGUCUCCGGCCUCUCAAAGGAGAGACAGGAGGUUCAUCAUGUCUGCUAAAGAGAGACUAAAAGGGAAGGUGACCAAAGACAGCGUCACCUUGCUGCCUUGUUUCUAUUUCGUUGAGCUCCCGAUCAUGGCUUCCUCUGUGGUCAGCCUGUAUUUCCUGGAGCUGACCGACGUGUUCAAACCGGUGCGGUUGGGCUACAGCUGCAAUGACCGCAGUCUGAGCAUGCCCUACAUCAGGCCCGCUGAGGAAGUCAUCCCUUUCCUCAUGCUCUUCAGCCUGGCCUUCGCUGGACCUACAGCUACGAUAAUGAUAGGAGAAGGUAUCCUGUAUUGCUGUCUGUCUAGGAGAAAGACUGGGGUCAAAACAGAGGCCAAUAUCAAUGCAGCCGGCUGCAAUUUCAACUCGUACAUACGGCGUGCUGUUCGGUUUGUUGGGGUCCACGUAUUUGGACUGUGCCUCACGGCUCUCAUCACUGAUGUCAUCCAGCUGUCGACGGGCUACCACGCCCCAUACUUCCUGACAGUGUGUAAACCCAAUUACACCACGCUCAACUUGACCUGUGACGACAGCUCCUUCAUCACAGAGGACUUCUGUUCUGGAGGAGCAGACCCAGCCAUCAUCAACGCUGGCAGGAAGUCCUUUCCCUCGCAGCAUGCCACUCUGGCCGCCUUCGCUGCUGUCUACGUCUCUAUGUACUUCAACGCUACGCUGACGGACUCCUCCAAGCUGCUGAAGCCCCUGCUGGUCUUCACCUUCAUUAUGGGUGGCAUCAUCUGUGGGCUGACCCGCAUCAUCCAGUUCAAGAACCACGCCAUCGACGUCUACUGUGGCUUCCUCAUCGGAGGCGGGAUCGCCGUCUACCUGGGUCUGUAUGCAGUGGGUAACUUCCAGCCUACUCGGGACACGUCCAGACAGCAGCCCCAGCCUCCCCCGCUCCGUGAGACCCUCAGGAGCAACACCGUGCCCAACGUCAGCCAGAGCGCAGGGCGCCACCUGCAGCCCAACAGCCUCAACAGCAUGAACAGCCUGAACAGCAUCAGCACCACCGAUAGCCUCACCGCCGCCCGUCCCGCGACCCUCCUGACCCGGGUCCCCUCCUGCCGCGAGUCCAGCUCCCUGAACAACCUGAAGAGGGCCAGUGCUGAUGUGGAGUGCAUCACCUCGUCAAGCACGCUGUGUAAACAGGACAGCCUGGUGACCUUUAACAGUAGCACGUUACCCAGGUCGCACGGCGGCUCGCUCCCCGAAGAGCACCGGGUCCCGCGCCGCCACGCGAGCAUCCACGCCUCCAUGGACUCCACACGCUCCAAGCAGCUGCUGUCGCAGUGGAAGAGCAAGAACGAGAACCGCAAGUUCUCACUGCAGGUGAUGGACAGUGGGGUGGUGGUGGGACGCCACCAUUCAACAUCCUCCUCCUCCUCGCCCCAGAGGACCAUGGAGCUGAGGUGCAGCUCUGAGCCGUCCGCCAUGGGCCUGGAGGCGGAACUCCGUGCUCAGGGCCACAUCCCCGCCCAGUACAUGAAGCUGGCAGCUAGCAUCGUGCCGCUGUCCAACCACCUCCCCCACAAUGGGGGCAGCAGCGGCCUGGCCGCGGGGGCCCGCGUCUCCAUCCAGUCCCGGCCAGGCUCCUCCCAGCUGGUCCACAUCCCCGAGGAGACCCAGGAGCACAACAGCAGCACCUCCACCAGGGAGGAUGAGGAUGACGAGGACAGAGAGGAUAGCUAUGUCGGCGGUGGGAUCCCUGGCGGGGGAGGCUCGGCGCGCUCCAAGUGGCUGAAAGUGGCCAAAGAGGGCGCCCUGUGCAGGACUAACAGCCUAACUAACCAGCCGCGCAUCAUGCAGGUCAUCACCGUGUCCAAGCAGCAGGGUCUGCUCCAGCACGGCAGCCCCAAGAGCUCUGAGGACGGUAGCGUGGUCAGCUGCACAGGCUCCAUCCAUUACAAGGCCCUGACGGACCAGGAGCCCGGCCAGGGCAUCGUAAGGGUGGAGGCCCACCCGGAAAACAAGCCUGUGAUCAAGCCUCCGGACGGCAGUGGCUCCUGGAGGUGGAAGCCGCAGGAGCAACGGGGUAGCAUCCGCCAGUCCUUUGAGCUCAACGACCUCAACCGCGACUCGGAGAGCUGCGACUCGCUCAAGGACGGCUACGGCUCCAUCGACGGGAGGAUGAGUCAGACGGGUACGGACACUGGCAGCGAGCGUGGCGGUGGGGGUGGGGGUCACCCCUACGUUCACCACCCACACUACCACCACCACCACCACCACCCCCACCAGGGCAUCACCACCAUCCGUGUGACCCCUGUGGAGGGACUAAGUGGAGGGGGCAGCGAGGCCGCCUCCGAGACCCUUUCCAUCGCCUCCAGUCGGGAGUCCACCCUGCGGAGGAAGGGCAAAAUCAUCCUGCUCCCGGAUAGAGGUCCAAGUCCGGACAACUCCAGGAACUAUUUCAAAGGGUCCUCCCCCACACCGCCCCCCACCCUGGGUCUGGCGUAUAGGGAGUGAACAGCUGCACAGUCAGCACUUACCAUUCCUCCUUACUGCCCAAGUGGUGGUCCUAUCUGUCCCCCCCCCAUGAGUGGCCUUCUACACUGGAUCUAGUCUGGACCCCACAACAAGACCAAUGAGAACAUUCAGCUCAUAAACGGCUGUAUAUUAUCAAACCCGUCAUGGAUUCAGUGGAGUUAGCUGGGCUGGAUAAAUUGUCCAAUGGUCAUAUAGUUCAUUAGAGCUAUCUUAGUGUGUCUGGUCCAGGAAGGCCACUGUACAGUACAUAGGGGUUUCUCCAUUACUCAAUAAUCUGAUCAUUCUUCAUUUUUUGCAGUUGUUUUACUGUUAGACCUGGUUUGAUAGGACCGGGGCUACCUUUAUUGGUGUGUGUUCUUUGAGAAAAUGAAACUAUAGCACGCACAAUAAUCCUUUAAGAAUGCAGGAGACGCUGGAUAAUCGCCACAAGGUCAUUUUGCGCGCACUUUUCAACCCUCCUUUCAUUACAUUAACUUCGAUCCAUUUGAGAAGCACAACUUCUAACUCUUUUUAUAUAGUGGCUAUAGUGGUUUGAACUAGGAAUUUGAUACUAUUUUGUUAUCACCCGGCAAGAGCCUUCGAUGGCAAUAAACCGUGCAAGUUGUUUAUUAAGGGUGCGUUCGUAAAUUCUCUCCGGAGUGCCAGAGGGUGCUCUGAGUGCGUUCGUUUCGUAAAUUCUCUCCGGAGUGCCAGAGGGUGCUCUGAGUGCGUUCGUAAAUUCAGAGCGUUGUCAGAUUGUCUGUUUGUACAUUCAGAGCGUUUCACUCUCGGAGCGUUCAGAGCGCACACUGGACGCUCUGGCCGAGGAGUAGAGUUGGCAGUCAACGGCAGUCAAUCACCCAACCUAACUGGCUAAAGUUAGCUAGCUUGCUAGCUACUUCCAGACAUAAAUGAGAGAACAGCUCACUCUGACCA